AUGAGAGACACUUGUUACCGUGGUGACCCGUCUGUGCCUCAUCGGGCUCCUAGCAGCGUCGCGCCGCCUAGCUCGGCCCGUCUCUACCCAGUGAGGGCACCUGCGAGGCCGUCAGUGGCAGCACAGCAACUUGGGCGAGGUGACGUCAGCGUUCAUGCUGGUUGCCAGGACACCGGGCCACUGACGGUCCUGGCGCCACCGCCCUCCCAGCGCCCGCCGCCCUUGAGACUGCUGCAGCAGCUGCCGCCGAGCUUACCUCCACACCCCCACCUACCGCCAUACGGCGCCAGUAUACCUGGACCAUGCUCUUACAUAAACCGCUCCAGCACUGCCGUGCUGCCGGGGCCAGCACAUCAUCCGCUGGCGCGGCCCAGGGCCCGCUCGGCGGCCGCGGCCGCGGCGGCGGCCCUACCGGACGGCAGCAGCGGCGGUGCUGCCACCUCCUCUACCGCUACUACCGGCAGCGGCAGCCUGCAACAGCAGCAGCAACAACAGUCGGGGCCGGCGGCAGCGGGACCGCAACCGCCGCCUGCUGAUUACCAGCUUCCGGCGCACUGGCAGGAGCAAAUGGCAAGGGCACCGUUAGGACGGAAGCGUGUACUGCAGAGGUACUACGCUGAUGUCAUUGCGAUCAACAACCUGGAGGUGGAGAUGCGUGCGUUGAGUAACGCCCAGUUGCGAUCCAAGACGGUGGAAUUCAAACGGCGGCUGUCUGAAGGAGCUUCUCUUCUGUCCCUGCGUGUGGAGGCCUUUGCGGUGGUGCGUGAGGCGUCCCGGCGGGUGCUGGGGAUGAGGCACUACGACUGCCAAUUGGUGGGCGGCAUGGUGCUUGCAGAUGGCCAGGUGGCGGAGAUGCAGACUGGGGAGGGUAAGACCCUCGUGGCCACACUGCCCGGAUACCUGGGGGCGCUGACGGGGCGGGGGGUGCACGUGGUAACGGUCAACGACUACCUGGCGGCACGUGACGCGGCGUGGAUGGGCAAGCUGUACCGCUUCCUGGGGCUUACCUGUGCUGCCGUACAGUCAACCAGCAGCGUCGCCGCCGCCCGUGCCGCCUUCGCCGCCGACGUCACCUACGUGACGGGCCAGGAGCUGGGCUUCUCGUACUUGCGGGACAAUACGGCACUCAGUCCGCAAGACCUGAUGCUCCGUGAUGACCGGUUCCACUUCGCCAUUGUGGACGAGGUAGAUUCCAUCCUCAUUGACGAGAGUCGCAACCCCAUGAUCAUAUCGGGCAAGGGCUCCAGCGACACGCGGGUGGUGCAGCUGGUGGACAAGGCUGUACGGCGGCUCUGGGAGCAUGUUCAAUCGGAAAUCGCCGCUGAAGUAGCGGCCUGCGGACCCGAUGCGUUGUCGGACACGGAGCUGCAGCGGCUGACGAAGGGCGUCAAGUCCAGGUAUUACACGGUGGACGAGAAGAGCCGUACACUGUCGUACAGCUCUACCGGUACACACCUGAUCUUCCUUCACCUCCUGGACGAGGGAGCUCAGUUCAGUGACCCCUACCCGGGAGUGCACAGCCUGUGGGAGGAGGAGGUGCCCUGGGGCAGGCUGGCGGUCACAUCGCUCACGGCGUACGAGCUGUACAUCAACGGCAGGGACUACAUUGUACGGGACGGCGAGGCGGUCAUCGUGGACCCCUCCACCGGCCGCAUACGCCCCCAGACUCGCUGGCAGGGGGGCAUACACCAGGCCGUGGAGGCCAAGGAAGGGCUCAAGGUGCAAGCCGAGAACCUUGUCACCGCCACCAUCACCUUCCAGCUCUUCUUCAGACAGUACGAAUGGCUGUCCGGCAUGACGGUAAAUGUGUACGGCAUCCGUACAGCGGGCACAGCUCAGCCAGCUGCCGCGGAGCUGUUUGAGCUGUACGGCAUCAAGGUCGUACCCGUGCCCACUAACCGUCCUUCCCGCCGCAAGGACCAUCCACCUCGCUUGUUCUACGACAAGGCGGUAAAGAUGCACUGCUUGGCAGUGGAGGUGAUGCAAGCGGCAGAGGCGCAGAGGCCCGUGCUCAUAGGCACCACCACCGUUCAGGAGAGCGAGCUCGUACUCAACUACCUGAUGAAAACCGUCUACCCGUCAAUAACCGCCGCCGCGGCGCGACGUUCUGCAGCAGCGGCACUAGGUCGCGCUGCCGCCUUUGGUGCGGCUGGUAGCGGCGGCCGCGGUGCGUUCGGUGGAUUGGACGGUGAUGGAGCCGGUGGUGGUGGUGGCGGUGGAUUCAUGUCCGGUCCCAAGCCGCGCAUCACACUGCUAAACGCCAAACCGGAGCUGGUGCGGUUGGAGGCGCAAGUCAUUGCCCAGGCCGGCCUGCCAGGUGCUGUGACCAUCGCCACCAACAUGGCGGGUCGCGGCACGGAUAUCAUCCUGGGUGGCAACCCCGAGGGGCUCACCAAGCUGGCGCUCACGCGACUGGUGUACCGCAGAUUGCUGAAGUUCUUGUCGACGGCCAUCCUCAUCUCCUUCGCCGCCAAGCCGCCCACUGCGGAAGAGCUCGCAUCCGCCGGCGGCAACGGCGGUGGUUCCGCUAGCUUCACCAGCCUGAGCUCCAGCCUGGCAGGUUCGUUGGGUGGCAGUUUGGACGAGCCGUCGGGUAACGGCGGCAGUAGCUUCGGCGGCGGGGAAAUCGCGGCGACGGGCAUCAGUUACGGCGAGACGGCGGAGCUCGUGGCGUGGGUGAUGGACCGAGCGGAGGUGCUGCGACGAAAGGUUCGUGGCGCGCUACGCCGUACAUAUCGUGAACACUCGGGCGGCUUGGAGCGACUCAACUAUACUUUAUGCGUGGCGCCAGUGAUUGAGUCCGUACUGGCGGAUAGGGAACGGGAGCUGUACGACAAGCAUCAGGCGGCGGCGGCCGCGGCCGCGUCGUCGUCGUCGACGGCGGGCAUGGUGCGCGGUGCCCCAGCGGGUCCGGGCAGCAGCUUUACGGACGACGACGAGGCGACGGCGGCGGCGGCGGUGGCGACGGCUGCCGCGGCGGGGGGGAAGUACGACGACGGCGAGGAACCCGUGGCGCAGGAGUGUGCCCGCUACCGAGAGGAGGUCCGGGCGGCUGGGGGGCUGCUGGUGAUCGGCACCUCGCUGAACGAGUCCCCUCGGAUCGAGCUGCAGCUGCGGGGCAGGGCGGGGAGGCAGGGCGAUCCCGGGGAAACCAAGAUGUUGCUGGACUGCGUGGACCCGCUGAUGCUGAUGUUCGGUAUGGAUAAGGUGUCCGCCAUGCUCACACAGCUGGGCAACCAACUGCAGAAGCGGCGUUCUCCUUCGCCGCUGUUACGCCUCCUCUAUGUGACUCCUCCUCAUUCGACGGGUCCUCUGCCUACCCGGACCAACACCUUGCCUCUGUCCGGUGCCGGGCACUGCCGGAGCCUACUCUGCCCCAGAUCUUGGCCGCGCGCGUCCGCCCCACUUCCGUACCCUCUGCUGUACUGGAUCCACCUUCCAGCCGCCAGAUCUAUACCGUCGCCCUCGCGAAGGCCGCCACCGUCUGCGACCGACAGCUCGUUGGCUCGUGAAACCAUUGCCCGUCAGGAGGCUGCCGGUCGGGACCUCUCUGCAUGGCUGGCCUCCCUGCCCCAUGGCUGUACCCUGCUGUCCUGCACUGACGACGACCUGCUCGUCUACUUGGAGGCCCACUGGCUUCCCAACCGUCGGGUAGACGAUCCGAGUCCCAACACCGUCAACAAUCAUCUGGGUCUGCUCUCCGGACUGUUUAACCGCUUGGGCCGUGGCAGCACUUACGACCGUGGAACCGGCAUCGGCAACCCCUGCUGCUCCAGCGCCUUGUCCUCCUACAAGACUGGCUAUAGUCGCCUCGUCGCCGACCGUGGCUACGAGGAGCAAGCCGCCUCCGGUCCUGACUUCCUGGAGGGCGGCCCCGUGGACUACUUCAUCAACUACGUGGUGCGCUGGCAGGAGUCCAUGUUUCAAAACAUGAGGCUGGAGCCCGCCAGCCAUACACAAGAGUACUCCUGGUCGCCGCUGUACUGUGCCUCUUACUGUGUACGACAGACCAAAAAGUACGACGCCGUGAUGGAGGAGUACCGUCACAACCUGUAUACUCUGCGGCGGCUGCGUUAUGUGGACGAGCUGGUUGGUCGGUAUCUGGACCCGGGGCAGGCCCCUGCCAGGUGGCUGCGCGAGACUGUACGACUGGAUGCCCUCCCGGGAGCACCCGAGCAGCGGCCGGGGCAGUCCCCCCUCUUGAUCAGCCCCUUGCAGGCCGUACUCCUGAGUCUCCGUACACUGGUCAACCCGCCGGGUCGUACCACCAAGGCCCUGGUGGAUUUCACCCAGGUGACGGAGGCGGCGGCGGCCAACCCCACCGUACGGAAGAUGCUCGAGCUGUUUGGAGUGGGAGCUGGGAACUCAGCGAACGGGGCCGGGGGCGGUGACGGAGGCGGCGCCGAGAUGCCGUACCUGCCGGUUUAUAUGCAGGUCCAGGAACUCGAGGUGCUGUCUCCGGAACAGCUUCGGAACCUGGCCGAAUACAUCGUCGGUACGGGUUCCCUGGAAUGGCACGUACCCGCCGCCCGGGAGAUUCGCAACAACUUCAAACUGCAGCUGCAGCUCCGUACACACCGAAGGCUCUUCGGUUACGGCGCCGUGGCCGUCUUGCGCAACUACCUUGGUGAGGUGCUGAUCGGCUGCUACGAGGCCCGCCGUCUGGCUGCCCGCCUCGCCUUCACCGCCAGUCCGUCAUUGGGCUUCACCGACAUAGAUGCGGAGCAGCAGGUGUGCGCCUUCGAGCAGCAGACCAUGUUGUUGUGGAUGGAUGCGCUGUGGGGUUGCUUCCUGGAAGACACCACGCGGCUCAGGAACGCCGUCAACAUCCGCUCCUCCAACGGGUCCAACCCCGCGGAGGAGUUCCGGAUCGAGGCGAAUGCGGCCUUCCUGGCGCUGCUGGACAACUACAGGGAUGCGGUUCUGGACAAGCUGCUGGUCCCUGACUUCAGCAUUUACGCGCCCUUGGAUCUGGAGGCGGAUGAGCUCGCGGAUACGGAUCUGGUGCCCACAACGCUGCAAGAGGCAGCAAUGUGA